AAUUCCUCUAUUUGCUGGGAAAACGCUGUUUCUGAAGCUAUUUCCAGCAUCUGCGUCAAAUGCAACGAUGGUUUAGGCCAAAAAGGGGAAAAAAACCCUCCCAAACCCAGAAGUUCUGAAAUACCACAUCCUGGUGUUUCCGGAGCAGAGCGUGGGCAGCCGGGUGUGGUGGCAGCACCCGUGAGCUCUGUGCCGUGCGCGGUGGUGCCGGCUGUCCUGCCGCAGCGCCCCGGGGUCUGUGCUGGGAAGAGCCGGGCAGCCCCGAGCAGAUCCCAUGGUGGGGGGGUUUGCCCCUCCCUGGGCACAGACCCCCCCCCUUUUGGGGUUCACCGCCGGGGGGGGAGCUCCAGCACUGCCUGUGCACGUCGCCUAUAGUGAGGAGGAGGAGGAGGAGGAGAACAACAGGCCCUGGCAGAUAAGGGGACGAGGGCUGGGAGCCCCACGCUGUGCCGGCACUCACCAGGCCCAGGGGGGCCAGUUCCCUCCUGGGACUCAUUUCCCCCGGCAUUUCUGUGGCUGGGGGUGGGAAACCCCAGUUGCAACUGGGAUGCGUUUUGGGACAAACCCGCGGGGGCAGGGGCUGGGGGCGGUCACCGGUCCAGGGCCGGGACGCGGCCAUGUGCCCUGCACGGGGGUUGUUCCCAGAUGAUGCCACCCGGGGCGGGGGGACACGUGUGACUCCCCCGCCGGCAGCAGGAACCGGCACCCAGACACGGUUGUGGGCGCCCAGCUGCCAGGUUCCCUUUCCCGGUGCCUUGGGCCACCCUCGCCGGCAUGCGCCGAGGCUUCGGCAGAAGGCAGGUCCCGCUGCCGGGCCGGCCGCCGGGGAUGGCCGCGACGGGGCCGGACCUGUAUGAGAGCCUGCAGAUCCGCUACCCGCCCAGCCCCACUCGAGCGUCGGCGCCCGCGUCCCCUCCGGCCGCAUCCCGCUGGCCGCUGGGCACCAUCCUGGCCGUGGGCGUGGGGGUGGUCCUGGUGCUGGGGGCCGCCCUGGCAACCCUCAUCACCCUGCACGUGCAGGGCCAGGCAGAGCUGCAGGCAGCACGGGCAGAGCUGGCGGCAGUCAGGACCCCUCUGCUGCCUGACCCCGAUGGUCCCCGGAGCCCCCACGAGAGCCCAGCAGCAGCGCAGAGGCGGCGGGAUCAGCUCGCCAGCGCCCCAUCCCCACGGCUGCCCGCUCCCCAGGGCAGUGGCUGCAGGGGCUGUCCCUGGGCUGGCGGUACCACCGGGGGAAGAUCUACUUCUUCUCGGGGGAGCAGAAGCCCUGGAGCGAGGCGGAGGCUGCCUGCCGCUCCACGCACUCCCACCUCACCUCCAUCACCAGCCCCGAGGAGCAGGACUACCUGGCGCGGGAGGCGAGAGGAGGAUCCUACUGGAUCGGGCUGGUGGCCACGGGCAGCUCCUGGCGCUGGGUGGACGGGGCUGCCUACUCCCAGGCCCAGAGUUUCUGGGCGCCGGGGCAGCCGGACAACACGGACCACGGGAAGUGGGGCCAGGAGGGCUGCGCCCAGAUCCACCCGGUGGGCCACGGCCUCUGGAACGACCAUAACUGCAACUUCACCUUCCUCUGGAUCUGCAAGAGGGACCUGAGCAGGCCCUGACGCCGCGCUGCCGGCCCGCUCGCCCCACGCACGGGUGCCGGAUGAGCCCCCCUCGGGGACCCCCGCUCCUCCCCGGAGCGGGGCAGCUCCCAGGCCAGCGCCCGUGCCGCACUGCCGCCGCCGCUCCAGACCCCGGUGCCAUCCCGGCGCUGCCAUCCCGGCGCUGCCCCCCGCACCGACGGCCCUUUGCUCGGCUCUGAUUAAACCGCUCCCGCCGCA